CCAGGGCGGGGCAGUUGGGGCCCAAAAUGGCGGCCAGCCGCUACCGCCGUUUCCUUAAGCUCUGUGAGGAGUGGCCAGUGGACGACACCAAACGGGGCCGGGACUUGGGCGCUUACCUGCGGCAGCGGGUAGCCCAGGCCUUUCGGGAGGGAGAAAAUACCCAGGUCGCUGAGCCCGAGGCCUGCGAUCAGAUGUACGAGAGCUUGGCACGACUCCAUUCAAACUACUACAAACACAAGUACCCUCGCCCGAGAGACACCAGCUUCAGCGGCCUGUCCCUGGAGGAGUACAAGCUGAUCCUGUCCACAGACACCCUGGAAGAGUUUAAGGACAUGAACAAAGGCCUGUGGAAGAAGCUGCAGGAGAAGUUUGUCCCCAAGAGCCCCGAGGAGAAGCAGAAGGCCUGGGCUCGGGUCCUGUCUCGCCCGCAGACUUAAGCAUGGAGUCUUGUAUGCUGCUCCUGUCAAUAAAACCUCCUGGCCUCCCACCC